ACAAUCGUAUUGUGCAAAACAGUAAAUAUUGUAAUGUUUUUGAUAUUUAUAUAUUUUCUAAAUGCAUUGUAGUAAUAAAUUAAUUAUGCAUUUGUGUUUUUAAGUGUUAUAAUAUUUUGUACUAUAUUGUAUGUGUUUAUAAUCAUUGCUAAUGUAAUUAGAUAUUCAAAAUGUUACAAUGCGCAGACGAAGUGGAUUUGUCAUCACAGGCAUUAAAGAAACUAACAAAAGCGAACAGCGACGAGUGUCGCGUUACGAAAUCUUUAAUUUUGGAUAAUAAUGAGUUGCAGAAGCUGGAUAAUAUUGAUUCCUACAUUAAAGUUGAAAGGUUAUCUGUUAAACAUAAUCAGUUAUUACGUAUGUAUGGAGUUUGCCGUUUAAGCAAUUUGAGAAUACUUGAACUUUCAAAUAAUAGCAUUUUGACAAUUGAAGGACUAAGAGAUCUUAUACAUUUGAAUUAUCUAAACUUAUCUCAUAACAAGAUCAAAACAAUAGAACAUUUGCAGUCAAAUAUUAACCUGGAAUACUUGGAUUUAUCUCAUAAUAACAUCACAUGUAUAAAUGAUCUCUCAUAUAUGAAAAAUUUACAGCAACUAUUUGUUCAUGGUAAUAGAAUAGUUCAUUUGAGACAAUGUGAUAAAUAUCUACCAGUUUCAUUAACAACAUUGACACUUGCUAAUAAUAGUUUGGGUGACUUGAAUGAAAUAAGCCAUCUUUUAAUGUUGUGUAAUUUGGUUGAACUGACCAUUGAAGGCAACCCAUGUGUUACCAUGACUGGGGGCAGCUUUGGUUUUGAUUAUCGACCGUUCAUAAUUAAUUGGAUAAUUAGUCUGAAAGUUAUUGAUGGAUACAUGGUGACACCAAUUGAAAGUUUAAAAGCUGAAUGGUUAUACAGCCAAGGACGAGGCAGACAGUUUGCGAUAGGUGAACAACAAAGUUUAUGUAAAUAUUUAGCAGUUACUUGCCCAAUAACUGAGCAAGCACUUGAAACAGAGAAUAAUAGAAAAUUAAGACUAAUAUUAAGUAAGGCUCAACAACAUCAACAGCAACUCAUGAGGGAGCAGGUGUCCAGUGGCACAGGAAGUUUAAGUGUGUACUCAUCUCCAGGAUCAUCAAGACGAAUGAAUAGCAAGUUAGGUUCACCACAUCCAAGUCAUUCAAGAUCAUUAACUCAUUCUCAAGCAUCUAGUGUUAUGACCAAUAGCUAUCAUGAUUCUAAUAUUGAUGAUAAUAAAUUAUUAGCCAAUAUUAUAGAUGGUAAGAAUAAUAUAAUGACUCAGAGUUUGGACUCUGCAUUAAAUGUGAGAACUCCAAGUAUAACUGGACCAGAAAAAGAAAAAAUAAAAAACAUAGAAAAAUCUAGUCAAAAUAACCAUGAUCUUUCAAAUGAUCUCAGUAGUCCCUUACAUGCAGCAAAAAAAUUGGUUCCGGUUCCAGAAUCAUUAAUGAGUCCUGAUGUUCACCCAGAAAUAUAUAUAAAAAAUACUACUAUGCCACAAAGCACAUUACCACCUCAAGUAAUUUCUAAUAAUAGCACCAGUAAUCAAAUUGCUAAAUCCAGUAUUCCAAGAACUUCAAACUCUCCAAAAUGUUCACCAAAAGUUGUACGUAGCAAUAAAUUUCAGUUGACAAAAGCUCAAACCACCAACAAAAAUAUGACAUCACCAAAUAGACAACGUAAAUCUAAAAUGCAGAGUAAUAAUGAGUCUGCUCCUGGUGAAGAAAAUUUGAUAGUAAAUACAGAAAAACUUCAAGGCAUCAAGAAAAAGGCUCAGCUUAUGCAACAAAAGAAAAAUCAACUAAAUGAAAGUAUAAACAUUUCCAAUAACUCAAAUCCAGAUGGAUUGAAUCAAUAUGCCAUUAUUAUUCAAAAGUUGUGGAGAGGAUAUAGGAUACGUAAUUCAGAGAAGUUCAAGAAUAUGACUCAUAAAUUAAAUGAAACGAGAAUGACAGAACACCUAAAGCAACUAACAUCCGACAUGGCUGCAACAAAGUCAGCUUUGGAAAGUGAGAAAAAAAUACAGCAAUUGCAGAUGCAAGCUAUCUCUGCCUUGUGGAAGAAAGUUUUGCAUAUAUCAACAUGCAAUGGAGAUGUAAAUAAUGGUAUUAACACAUCACAAAAUAAUCAAAAUCUACAGGAGAUUGGUCAAUCUGAUAAUCAGGAUUUUAUGAUCUCAAAUAAGAAUAUCAAGGAUCUUCAAAUUACAUGCAAUCAUUUGCAGCAACAGGUGAAAGAGCUACAGAAGUCAAUGACGGAAGUCAUGAACUAUAUGGGAAAACUAUGUCAAACAAUGCCUGGAUUUUUUACAAAGUCAAUAAAUACAGAAGAUACUUCAACACAAACAGAUGUUACUGCUGUAUAUACACCACAGGAUGAUCAAGCUGGAUUUGUAACCAAAAUUUCUAGGCCAUCAUCUUUGCCUAUACCAAAGUCACAGUGCACGCAAACUGUCGAUCUUGCAAAAACUAUUGUAGAAGAUUGUAUAACAUUGCCAAGCGACUUUAAUAUUACAGAAAAGGAACCCGAAGAAAGUCAGUAGAAUCAUUCUUAAA